AUGAGACCCGAGGCGGCGGCCGGAGUCUGUCACGGCCCCGCCGACGGUCCCCGGAGGCCGCCGCCGCCGCGCGGGCCGGAGAGCCCCACACCAUGGAGACCUUGGAUCCUGACACCCCAAGAAACUGAGCUGCCCGGAACUGGAAGGCGGCUUGAACCUGGUGGUGACCAGCAAACUCCUGGAUCAAAGGGUGCCUUUGGGUUUCAGCAUCCUGUAAGACUUUAUUUACCCAUUUCAAAGCGCCGAGAGUAUCUGCAGAGUUCUGGGGAAAAAGUGCUGGCCAGUUUCCCGGUACAAGCCACAAUCCACUUCUACAACGAUGACUCCAAUUCAGACGAUGAAGACCAAGAGGAAGAAAUCCAGUCUUCCAAACUUCAGUGCCAGGAGACAGACGGUCAGGCGGAGAAUGGCCCGGGGGGGAGGGGCAGAGGCCAGCUCACAAACCUGGGACACAGUGGCCUCGGUGCCAGCCUAGCGGAUCUGAAGUGA